GGCUGGACUGUGUUGUCUUUUCAAUUCAUUUAUCUGCAGGAAUGAUUGCGACUAUCAGUCUAGAGCUCACCGCCUGACUGAGGAGGUGAAAGUUGCGCCACAGGAAGAUAAACCGCAAAAGACAAUAUUGCAUGCAUACAUGAUUUUGCGUGUGCAUCGGAUGAGCGGUAUAGGGGAAUUCCUCGCGUCUUAAAAGUAAACAGAAAAAACCGGUGGAUUGGAGAGUUUGCUCAGUCGAGUGCGGUGCAAGAGAUAGAGACAGAGAGAGGGGGGAGGAAGAAUAUCAGUGCGUGAUUUUUUUAUUUCUGCUCUCAGUCGUCUCGGCGAGUCUAGACUGAAGAUGCUCUUGGACGCAGGACCGCAGUAUCCCACCAUAGGAGUCACUACUUUCGGCUCCUCGCGGCAUCACUCAACAGGCGAAGUCACAGAGAGGGAAGUGGCGUUGGGGAUAAAUCCGUUCGCGGAUGGGAUGGGCGCCUUCAAAAUCAACCACAGCUCCCACGAUAUUGGCUCCGGACAGACUGCGUUUUCCUCCCAGGCGCCCGGCUAUGCAGCAGCCGCGCUGGGACACCCGCACCAUCCCACCCAUGUUGGCUCUUACUCCACGGCUGCUUUCAACUCCACCAGGGACUUUCUCUUCAGAAAUCGGGGUUUCGGGGACGCCGCGGGCGCGCAGCACAGUUUGUUCGCCUCUGGAAGUUUCGCAGGGCCACAUGGACACUCAGAUGCAGCGGGGCACCUGCUCUUCCCGGGGCUCCACGAGCAGGCGAGUCAUGCCUCCUCCAACGUGGUCAACAGCCAGAUGCGGCUGGGCUUCUCGGGGGACAUGUACGGACGCGCUGACCAGUACGGCCACGUUACGAGCCCGCGGUCCGACCACUAUGCCUCGACCCAGCUGCACGGCUACGGCCCCAUGAACAUGAAUAUGGCCGCGCACCACGGAGCCGGGGCCUUCUUCCGAUACAUGCGGCAGCCGAUCAAGCAAGAGCUCAUCUGCAAGUGGAUCGAGCCGGAGCAGCUCACGAGUCCCAAGAAGUCGUGCAACAAAACUUUUAGUACCAUGCACGAGCUCGUGACCCACUUGACGGUGGAGCAUGUGGGGGGACCGGAGCAGACCAACCACAUCUGCUUCUGGGAGGACUGCGCCAGAGAGGGCAAGCCUUUCAAAGCCAAAUACAAACUUGUAAAUCAUAUCAGAGUACACACCGGAGAAAAACCUUUCCCGUGUCCGUUCCCCGGCUGUGGCAAAGUAUUUGCCCGAUCGGAAAACCUAAAAAUUCACAAAAGGACUCACACCGGCGAGAAGCCUUUUAAGUGUGAAUUCGAAGGCUGCGACAGACGAUUUGCAAACAGCAGUGACCGCAAGAAACACAUGCACGUCCACACGUCGGACAAACCCUAUCUGUGCAAAAUGUGCGACAAGUCCUACACACACCCCAGCUCCCUCCGAAAACACAUGAAGGUCCACGAAUCCACCAAUCCAGCGUCACAGCCAUCUCCCGCGGCCAGUUCAGGGUACGAGUCCUCCACGCCUCCCACCAUAGUAUCACCGUCCACAGAAAACCAGAGCAGCAGCUCCAUAUCACCAGCAGCCUCAGCAGUCCACCACACAGCCAGCCACAGCACGCUGACGUCAAAUUUCAAUGAAUGGUACGUGUAAAAUAUUUUUGUGAGGAGAGGAGGAGAAAAAAAGACUGUGACUGCAGAAUUAAAAAAACAAAACUGCUUGGAAACAAAGACUUUGUAAAAAAAAAACAAAAAAAAAAAACGGACCGGAGGCCCAGACGAUCAAUUUAAAGGCUGAGUGUCUUUAAUGCCAAUGAGAGAAAAUGCAUGGACUUUAAAAAGGAAGGCAUAAGGACAUCAAGUUUAACUUCUUCCCCCUCACAAACCCUCAGUAUUUCCUUUUAUUUUGUACUGAGAGACUCAGCUCAGAGGGACAUUCUCACAGCAUGCUAUCUGCGGGUAGAGGCCUGAAUUCUCCUUUUAUUUCUUCUUCUUUUCUUUUUUAAAUGUACAUAUAUAAGCAUUUCACCAAGUUUUUUGGGGGAAAAAAGUGUAAUAUUUUAUUUUGUAAAUAGUUCUAUCACAGUUUUAAGGGGGGAUUUGUGGAAAAAUGUGGUCCCUAGAUAUAUGGAGAAACGAGAUGGUUUCUAAAGAAUAUCGCGAUGAAUAAGACUUUCAUUGAAACAGAAUGUUAUAGUUGUGUACCAAAUGUGAAUUAUUCAGUAUUUACUACAGUCCUACACGUCGACCUUAACCGACUAUUAGUAUUAAAUGUGCUUUUUGUAGCCUUAUUCAGUGCAACAUUUUUCGUCCCGAGGUCCAGUUUGAGUAGCACAGUAUUCAUUGUUGUUAUUUAAAUGUCAUGUCGAUAAAAAAACAGUCGUGUAGUGAAAGCCUGAAAUUCCGUGUCAAUCUGUUUAUGUACGUGAUAAAUAUAAAAGAAAAAAAAUAUCUCUCUGUCAAUUGCUUUGUCUGAAAGGAAGUAUUAUUAUUAUUAUUAUUAUUAUUACUACUACAUGUAAGUAGCUAAAUUUUCCAUAUUUAUCCGCAUGUAAAGGACCGGUAACAUGUUAGAAAAUGGUCGGUAUUUAUGGAGAAAUGCGCUCGUAUGUAAAAUUUAGUUUACACGAAGAAGAAAAAAAAACAAUGUUUGGAUACAUUUCGUACUAUAUUAAAGGAUUACAAAACAAAAGAAAUGCAAGAA